CAUCACUUUCGUUUGAUUCUAUCUUUUGAAAUCACAAUCACAAUGUUUUUCAGCAAGAAGCAGGAAGGAAUCAAAUCACACAUGACUUGUGCUUUGAAAGUCGACACCAAUACUAAAAAAUGGUCGGAAACUACUACCAAAAUAUUGGAGAAAAUCAAAGGUGUAAACUACAAUUUUGAUACAAAUGAAGGGAUGAUAUACAUCUCAGGAAAAGCAGAUCCACAAAAAAUAUUGAAGAGGAUUGCAAAACAUCAAAAGAAAGUAGAACUUUGUUGGGUUCGGACUGGAGAACAAUAUUCCUAUGGGAACAAUAUGUCUGCUUACCCUACAACAUAUCCCAGUGGAUACUAUCCCCCUCCAUCAGGGUCCUACUAUCAGAAUUUUGAUCCCUAUCAAAAUUAUGAUCCUUAUUUUGGUCCUCAGACUCAUGGUUAUCCUCCAUAUAACAAUUAUUAUAUGUAAAACAGAUGGAUGUUGCACCACUCCAACAGUAUAGUAUUAGUAUCACUGUUGGUGUUUUUGUGUUUUUUAUUAAGUCCUUUGUAUUGGUAUUAGGUCAUAUAAAAUUGAUUUAUGACCUAAUGCUUUGUCCUAGUAUAUGAUCACAUGAGAUCCUUUUUUUGUAAGGUUACUGCUAUGAUUGUGGACCGAUAUUUAUGGUUCAUUAUUAUGAAGUUUAAUGUGAU